GAGAACGCAACUAGAGCGACUAUUGCACCAUGCGAAGCUUCGGAUUUCAUCAUCCGCCUGGGUUGCUAUAAAAGCAGAGACUGUGGCUUCUUCAGUUGUAUUUCAUAAUUACGAUGCAAGCAGUAAACACGCGCCACAGGACAAAUGCACAACUAAGCCAAAUGGGCGUAGGAUAGAACACAUUAAACAUCAAGCAUCACCAUCGACCUGCACAGUCACACAUAGAUCCAAAUGAUUCCAAGGAUACAGUGAGGAAAUCGAUUACCAUGAAUAACAUACAGAGCGCCACUAAUGGCGUGGCCGUGCCCGUGGGCGUGGGCAUCAAGUCGGCCAGGAGCAAUAUUUUCAACGUGGACGGUCUGCCGCAGCAGAUGGCCGCCAUGAGUGUGGACUACUCCAGCAUCCGGGGCAAGGAUGUCCUCGUGCAGCCCACCGACGAGCAGAUGGAGCUGCUCCAGAAGAGGCUGCAGGACCGCAUAGCCGACAACUGCGGGGAGACCAUCUACGAGAUUGGCGUAGGCGAGGAUGGCAGUGACAAUGGCCUGAAUCCGGAACAGUUUGAGGCCUCCGUGGCCACGCUACAUCUUCUAGCGGCCACCAUAGAUGCGGAUGUGGUCAAGCUGCGUGAGCGGCGGGCAGAGAAAGGGCAAUCGGCGCAGUUCCUCAUCCGAAAGCAUAUCGAGACUACCGACUUUAUGGAAAUAAGGGUGGCCGUCGUGGGCAAUGUGGACGCCGGCAAGUCCACAUUACUGGGCGUGCUCACCCACGGUGAGCUGGACAAUGGUCGUGGUCACGCCCGGCAGCGACUGUUCCGGCACAAGCACGAAAUUGAAAGUGGACGCACCAGCUCUGUGGGCAACGACAUUCUCGGCUUCGACGGUGUGGGCAAUGUGGUUAACAAGCCGGAUCACGGUCACCUGGAUUGGGUGAAGAUAUGCGAGAACUCAGCCAAGGUGAUCACCUUCAUCGAUCUGGCGGGCCACGAGCGCUACCUGAAAACCACCGUCUUUGGCAUGACCGGACAUGCUCCGGACUUUGGCAUGCUGAUGAUUGGCGCCAAUGCCGGCAUCAUAGGCAUGACUAAGGAACAUCUCGGUCUGGCCUUGGCUCUAGCAGUGCCCGUUUUUGUGGUGGUUACUAAAAUUGACAUGUGCCCGGCCAACGUGCUGCAGGAAAACAUGAAGCUACUCUUUAAGAUGCUCAAAUCGCAGGGCUGCCGAAAGGUGCCGGUUGUGGUGCGUUCGCAAGACGACGUUGUCCUAAGCGCUACGAAUUUCGUUAGCGAGCGUCUGUGCCCCAUCUUCCAGGUGUCGAAUGUGACCGGUAACAACCUGGAGCUGCUCAAAAUGUUCCUCAACCUGUUGAGCACUCGGAUGGCCGGCUCCGAGAGUCUGCCGGCCGAGUUUCAAAUCGACGACGUGUACUCGGUGCCGGGUGUUGGUACUGUUGUAUCUGGAACAUGCCUUCAGGGCACUAUUCGGCUAAACGACUGCCUGAUGCUGGGUCCAGAUGCGGUGGGUUCAUUCGUGCCCAUCACCAUCAAGAGCAUCCAUCGAAAGCGCAUGAACGUUGCACGCGUGCGCUGUGGCCAAACAGCAAGUUUCGCGUUAAAGAAAAUAAAGCGCGCCUAUCUGCGCAAGGGCAUGGUAAUGGUGUCGCAGGAUCUCAAACCGCAAGCCUGUUGGGAGUUCGAGGGAGAGAUACUAGUGCUCCAUCACCCGACGACGAUAUCGGCGCGUUACCAGGCCAUGGUGCACUGCGGCAGCAUCCGCCAGACGGCCUCCAUCAUUCACAUGUCGCGCGAUUGCUUGAGAACAGGCGACAAGGCACAUGUGAAAUUCCGGUUCAUCAAGCAGCCGGAGUACAUACGCGCUGGUCAGCGACUGGUCUUCCGCGAGGGACGCACCAAGGCGGUUGGCAACAUACUACGUCCGCUACCAAAUGCUGCCGCUAGCCCGUAUCGCCCCAAGCCCGCCAAGAUGCAGUCGCGCUCACAUAACGGCGGGAGCAACGGCAGCAACAACCAGCACCGCCAGCAGGGCCAGGGCAGCACGUCGGCAGCCGGAUGCAGCAAGGACAAUGCCGACGAGAAGCAGAACGGCGACAAGCGUGAGGGUGGCAGUCGGCGGGGCGGCAAGCGGAAACGAAAUAACCGUCCGACUCCGUCCGGCGGUGGUGUUGAUCCAUCCAAUGGCUCGGCCGCUUUGGGUCUGCCCCUCGGCGAGAAUCCCUCAUCGUCGUCCUCGGCUGAAGUCACACCGGCCGCCCUCACCGAGUGAGUCGCGUCGCCUUGAAGUUUGGUUUCUUUCUAGUUUUGUAAGCUAAAGUAUUUUUAAAAUUCUUAAUGAGCAUUGGAUGAAUUUAUUUUGCGACCUUCUAAUCUAAAGAGUCACGUGCCCCAAUAAACUUUCCGUGUUCCGUUCUCGUCCACUGUACAUUGUGCGAAAUGCCAAACCAAAUUCUAUAUUUUGUUUGUUCACUAGACUUAAGGCAAACGUCGUCAGUGCAACAUGGAUUUUAUUUGAAGUUUCAUUGAAUAAACGCAGGUUAAUCAACCUUAAUCAUGCUAUUCUCAUUUGAAAACCUUUAGUUCAAACCUAAGUUCAUUUCACAGAAAUGAUAUUUAAUUAUUUUGUUGAUAUACUGAAAGAGACGGGACUUUUUUCGGAAAUUUUAAGUUCCGUUCGAUAAAAUAUCUAUGUAAACUAAAAAUUAUUAGAAUUAUUUGCCGGAUGACGCAGAUAAAAUUGAAAGCGUUUUAAAUGCAGACAUUAUGUUACUAUUUGUUUCUUUUGUAAAAGUUUCAGAAUGACAAUCUGAAUGGCUCUUUUGUUUUUUAGAGUUAAGAUAUCUAACUAAAGAAAAUGGCAAUGAAUAAGGAUUUUCUUGUUUCUUAAUUACCUUAAUAAAAUCAAUUUCCAGACUACAAAAA